CUGGCAUCGUUGACAGUAACAAAAACAAUAAACACACGUAUAUUUUGUAUUGAGUGUCCAAAAGAAUAGCGAGAUCAAUCACGGUUUUGGUAGUAGCAGCUACAUAUAACACAGAAAAAUGAAAACCGACCAGAUACAGGAUGUGAUGCCAAAUGAAGAGAUACAAUCAAAUAACUAUAGCACCGUAACGAAUGUAAAUUGUCUACAGAAGGACGUUUUAUUGCAUGAAAAAACGGCACGAUUUAGUUGUGAAAUUUGCAGAAAAAGCUAUUCUUCUGAAAGAAUUUUAAGUAGACACAUGAUAUCCCAUACCGCUGAUAACCCGUUUGCGUGUGAUGUAUGCGGCAAAGAAUUUCGUGACAACCAAGAAUUGAAGUUCCAUAUCAAUAUUCACACCGGAGAGCGGCCGUACAAAUGCACUGUGUGCGACAAAGAUUUUCACUCUCAACCGAAUCUUUCCCAACACUUACGCCUUCAUAGAGGAAAGUAUAAAUGCACGGUGUGUGACAAAACGUUUAUCUCUAACACUUUACUAAGCAUACACGUAUCUUCACACACUGGUUCUUAUAAAUAUAAUUGUGAUGUGUGUGGUAAAGGCUUCGUCUUUAGAUCACAUUUGAAAGACCACAAAAACAGCCACACAGGAGAGCGGCCGUAUAAAUGCAGCGUAUGCGAAAAAGAUUUCGCUGCCAGAAAUGUCCUAAUCAAACACAUACCUAUUCACACGGGUGAGCGACAUCAAUGUGAAGUUUGCGGUAAAGAAUACUCUAGAAAAUGUACCUUGAAAUUACACAAACGCAUUCAUACAGCUUUUCCAAUCGAACCAACCGACGAAGAACUCGUCAUUCUGAACAAAGUGGAAAAUAUAACAAACGAAUCCACAAAACAAAACUCGAAUUCAUACGAUUCUGCUAGCUGCAAUGAAGUGAAUCGAAGUGAAAUGAUAUUUAAAUAUCCAAAUAAUGUUAUACCAAACAAGGAGCAACCAUCAACUAGCUCAGUAACAUCUUCCAUACCGGAAAACAAUUUUCCAAAUCAAUUCAAGUGCCAGAUUUGUAAUGAAAAAUUUUCUAACAAAGAUUGUCUACAGAAGCACGUUUUAUUGCAUGAAAAAUCGAUGCUAUUCACUUGUGGUAUUUGCAGUAAAAGUUAUUAUUUUAAGAAAAAUUUAAGGAGACAUAUGAUCGCCCAUCUCCCUGAAAAACCGUUUGCGUGUGAUGUAUGCGGCAAAGGAUUUCUUGCCAAGCAAAGAUUGGAGUACCACUACAAUAUUCACACCGGAGAGCGGCCGUACAAAUGCACUGUGUGCGAAAAAGAUUUCCACGAUCAACCGAGUCUCAUCCGUCACAUGCAUUUUCACACCGGAGAGCGGUCUUACAAAUGCACUGUAUGUGAAAAAAGUUUUAUCACUGAUGCUCAUCUAAUCAAACACAUGGCUACACACACGGGUGAAUAUAAAUUCUAUUGUGAUGUGUGCGGCAAAGGAUUCAUGCAAAGAGUACCUUUGAAAGACCACAAAAACAGUCAUACAGGAGAGCGGCCGUACAAAUGCACUGUUUGCGGAAAAAGCUAUGCUACCCACAAAGGUCUAAGUGCACACAUGUCUACACAUACGGGUCAAUUUAAAUAUAGUUGUGAUGCAUGCGGCAAAGGAUUUCGUGACAAGGAAUCAUUGGAGUUCCACAAAAAUGUUCAUACUGAUGACCGCCCGUACAAAUGCACUGUAUGCGAAAAAGAUUUCCACGGUCAACCGAGUCUCAUCCGUCACAUGCGAGCUCACACCGAAGAACGGUCUUACAAAUGCACUGUAUGUGAAAAAAGUUUUAUCACCGAUGCUCAACUAAGCAAACACAUGGCUACACACACGGGUGAUUAUAAAUACAAGUGUGAUACGUGCGGCAAAGGGUUCAUGCUAAGAUCAUGUUUGAAAGACCACCAAAACAGUCAUACAGGAGAGCGGCCGUAUAGAUGCAGUAUAUGCGGAAAAGAUUUCGCUGCCAACAAUGUCCUAAUGAAACACAUACUUAUUCACACGGGUGGUCGACAUAAAUGUGAUGUUUGCGGCAAAGAAUACUCCAGCAAAUUUGCCUUGAACUUGCACCAACGCAUUCAUACAACUUUUCCAAUCGAACCAACAGACUAA